AUGAGUGCUCGUCUGCUGUGCCGUACUGCGCGUCCCCUCCUUCGCACGCCGUGUGCUGUGCGCUUCCAGAGCGUCUGGGCUGGUGUGCCCGCCGGUCCGCCCGACCCGAUUCUGGGUGUGACUGAGGCCUUCAAGAAGGACACGGACCCGCGCAAGAUUAACCUGGGUGUCGGUGCCUACCGUGACGGCAACGGCAAGCCGUACGUCCUCCCCUCGGUGCGCGAGGCGGAGACGCAGAUCGUCUCCGAGAAACUCGACAAGGAGUACCUCCCCAUCACUGGUCUGGCCAAGUUUGAUGCGCUCGCUGCGAAGCUGGCCUACGGCAAGGACUCGCUUCCCCUGAACGAGGGCCGCAUCGCUACGACGCAGACUAUCUCGGGUACCGGUGCGCUGCGUGUCGGUGGUGAGUUCCUCGCGCGCCACUACCCCGGUGCCAAGGCGAUCUACGUGCCGACGCCGACGUGGGGUAACCACAUCCCCAUCUUUAAGAACUCGGGUCUCGAGGUGAAGCACUACGCCUACUACGACAAGAACACGGUCGCGCUCGACUUUGACGGCCUGAUCCGCGACCUGCAGGGUGCGCCGAACAAGAGCAUCAUCCUCCUGCACGCCUGCGCCCACAACCCCACCGGUGUCGACCCGACGCAGGAGCAGUGGCGCCAGAUUGCCGACGUCGUCAAGGAGAAGGAGCACUUCCCCUUCUUUGACAUGGCCUACCAGGGCUUUGCCAGCGGCGACACGGACCGCGACGCGUUCGCCGUGCGCCACUUUAUCGAGCAGGGCCUCGAGAUUGCUCUGUCGCAGAGCUUUGCCAAGAACAUGGGCAUGUACGGUGAGCGUACCGGUCUCUUUUCGCUCGUCACCGGCUCCGCCGAGGAGAAGGCGCGCGUCGAGAGCCAGCUCAAGAUCACCGUGCGCCCGAUGAUCUCGAACCCGCCCCUGCACGGCGCGCGCAUCGCCGCACAGAUCCUCGGCGACGAGGCUCUCUACGGCCAGUGGCUCGACGAGGUCAAGGGUAUGGCUGACCGCAUCAACGGCAUGCGCGCCACGCUCAAGAGCCUCCUGGUCGACGAGUUCGGCUCGAAGCGCAACUGGGACCACAUCACCAACCAGAUUGGCAUGUUUGCGUUCCUCGGCAUCUCGCCCGAACAGGUCGAGCAGCUGAAGAACGAGCACCACAUCUACCUCACCAAGGACGGCCGUAUCUCGGUCGCGGGCAUCACGGAGCACAACGUGAGGCACCUCGCCGAGUCGCUCGCCAAGGUGACUGCGUAG